UCCACGCCCCCUCCCCUCCGCCCGGCCUGCGCCGCCUCCCUUGGCCACCCGCGGCCUCAUCUCUCCGGGUCUCCUUCUCCGAGGACCCUGCGCAGCCCGAAAGCCCACGCGCCGAGGAGCUGGGCGCGCUGUGCACUCGCUGGACGCACGCCGCGGUCGGACGGGCCCUGGCGGGAGCCCUCCGCCGGUCUUAGUCCCCGCGCCGCCGCGCUCCCCUCCCCCCCGCGCCGGUGUCCCCGGGCUCAGGGCCGCGCGUCCCGCCCGGACGCGCCGAGGGUCCCCUAGGCGGGGCGGGCCCGGCUCCGGCGUGACGAUGGAGGAGCCGCAGCGCGCUCGUUCGCACACUGUCACCACUACCGCCAGUUCCUUCGCGGAGAACUUCUCCACCACCAGCAGCAGCUUCGCGUACGACCGCGAGUUCCUCCGCACCCUGCCCGGACUCCUCAUCGUGGCGGAGAUCAUUCUGGGACUGCUGGUGUGGACACUUAUCGCUGGAACCGAGUACUUCCGGGUCCCUGCAUUUGGCUGGGUCAUGUUUGUAGCUGUGUUUUACUGGGUGCUCACUGUCUUCUUCCUCAUCAUCUAUAUCACAAUGACCUACACCAGGAUUCCCCAAGUGCCCUGGACCACAGUGGGUCUGUGCUUUAACGGCAGUGCCUUCGUCUUAUACCUCUCAGCCGCUAUUGUGGAUGCAUCUUCCGUCUCCCCAGAGAGGGACAGUCACAACUUCAACAGCUGGGCAGCCUCGUCGUUCUUCGCCUUUCUGGUCACCAUCUGCUAUGCUGGAAACACAUAUUUCAGUUUUAUAGCUUGGAGAUCCAGGACCAUACAGUGAUUCGCCAUUUUGAGAAUUAAAAACUGGGGAAAAAAGGAAAAGGAAGAAUCUCACUGUAAGAACAGCUGUAGGUAUAAUGUAUAUUUGCAGAGACUUGUAUUUAACUAAUGUUUUUAUAUACUUAGUUAAAUUUGCUCACAGUGGUUUGUUAGAAUUAAACUAGAUACUUACUUGCAAAGUGCUGUAGCUUA